AUCAGAAAGCAAGCAUAGAACUAACUUGAGUUGGUUGAGUGAUUCAUUCGUUUGCUUAAGCAAGUGUUUAGGAUUCGAAUUCUGCCUUGUGCAUGCAACAACCAAUUGGCCAGCGACAAAUCUUUAAAUGGAGCUCAGAUAUGUGGUGGAUUAGUCCUUAAACCAAAAAAGAAAGCAUGCAUAGUUUAUGGUGGCUUGUGAAUCUUGGUUUCCAUUGAUAUCACUUAAUUAACACUUAACACCUCCAUUGAAUUCAUUACAUUCCAAGGUCAAUAAUGUCACUAACAAUACUAAGUAUUAUUAACAUCCUAAGCAACAAUUACAUAAUCUGCUGCUAUGUUACUAUUAAUUAAUAGCAACACAUCCAAAACAUAUGUGGCGCAUGUUGCGCCUGCUAUAUAUAUGAUUGCAAUUGAUAUUGGAUUAUUUAUGCAUAUAACAAGAGUGAGUAUUGGGGCCAUAAAUUUUUUACCCGUUGUCUCAGCAAGAGAAUAAAUUGGUUGCCGUGUUUCCAUGUAUAGUACUGCUGCCUCUCCAUUAUAUUUAUAGUAGUGUACACAUCCUUAACCUUAAGCUAAUGAACAAGGUAGCUCCGAAAAUGAGUUGCAUCAAUUUGGCAUCAGUGAUGGCCUUGUUGUUAUGCUUGGUGGGUUUAAGUCACACAAAAUGUGAUUUUGAGGCAAUCUUCAACUUCGGGGAUUCAAACUCAGAUACUGGUGGUUUCUAUGCAGCUUUUCCCGCACAGUCUGCUCCUUUUGGAGUUACUUUCUUCAAAAAACCAGCUGGCCGGGCUUCCGAUGGCAGACUCAUGAUUGAUUUUCUUGCUCAAGCUCUUGGAUUGCCAUUUUUGAGUCCCUAUCUGCAAUCAAUAGGAUCAAACUUCAGACAUGGGGCCAACUAUGCAACAUUGGCAUCCACUGUGCUUAUUCCUAACACUUCUUUGUUUGUCAGUGGAAUCAGCCCUUUCUCUCUUGCUAUCCAGCUCAACCAAAUGAAGCAAUUUAAAACCAGAGUCCUUGAAUUUCAUCAAGAAGAAGCCAAGCUUCCUUCACCGGAUAUAUUCGGAAAAUCGCUUUACACAUUCUACAUUGGCCAAAAUGACUUCACUUCCAACUUAGGUGCCAUUGGUGUAGGUGGAGUGAAGCAGAGACUUCCUCAAGUUGUUUCAGAAAUAGGUGCUACAAUUAAGGAGCUAUACCAUGAUGUUGGAGGACGUACAUUUAUGGUGCUCAAUCUUGCACCAGUGGGAUGCUACCCUUCAUUCUUGGUGGAGCUUGAACAUAAUAGUUCAGACAUUGAUGAAUUUGGAUGUAUGGUUUCCUUAAACAACGCCGUUGUGGACUAUAACAAGAUGUUGAAAGAGACAUUGAGACAGACUAGAGAGACUCUUUCUGAUGCUAAUGUCAUUUAUGUCGAUGUACACACUGUUCUGUUAGAGCUCUUUCAGCAUCCAACUUCUCAUGGGCUCAAGUAUGGCACGAAAGCAUGUUGCGGAUAUGGAGGGGGAAAGUACAAUUUCGAUCCAAAAGCUUACUGUGGCAAUUCCAAAGCAACAGCAUGUGAUGAUCCUUACAACUACGUAAGCUGGGAUGGAAUCCAUGCAACAGAAGCUGCAAACAAGCUUGUUACCUAUGCCAUUCUCAAUGGUUCCUAUUCUGAUCCCAAGUUCCCUCUUCAGGAACAUUGUGAUCUUCAACCUAUAGGUUGAUCCACUUUCCGAAUUAAAGGCUAAACUAGCUAGGAAUAAUAUUUCUGAUCUAUGAGGUUAACUAAAGCCAAAGUUUGCUGUUAUAUUAGCACAAAGCCACAAACUAACGUUAAUAAAGAAAUCGAUUUGUAUCCCGUUCAUCUUUA